UUUUCGCUACUGCUCCCCUUUCUUCUAUACCCUUUUUUUCUUCCUCUUUCUUUCCCCCAAUUACUCCCCCACAACUAAAAACUCUCUCUCUCCUUCCAAAUAUUCUUCUAAAAAUAUAUAAAAUCAUCAGAGCUACCACGGAGAGAAGUGAUGUAUGUUUGGAUGUGUAUGUAGCUCGUUGGAGAGAACGAAGAAAAAUAUUAUACUUUUAUUUUAUUUUUUUCUAAAGUUGCCCUCUUUUUGCUCUUUUCUCUCUACUUUUUUUAUUAUAAAAUAUCUAAAUGUUAAAAGGUUCAGGAGGACAAAAGUGGACAAAAUGAUGACAAAAAAUUUAAAAGCCGACAAUAAAAAACAAGAGAUUAUUGAAUUUGGGCAUUUUUGUCUUGUGGCGUUUUGUCGUAUAGGCGUUUUGUCCAUUGACCAUUUUGAAACGCUUUUUCUUUCAUUGCCAGGACACACUAGCUGUCUAGCCUUGUAG